AUGCCGUCGGGUUGCCUUGCGCACGUAAUAAGGCAUCCUCUUGGGAAUUGCGCUGUCCGCACAGGGCAGUGCUUUCUCCACAGUUUGUUUCGAGGUUCCGGAAGCGCGGCUACGGCGUCGAACGCUCUAGCUGCCAGACUCGGUGCAGGCACGCUUUGUGAGUACCGUGCAAGGGCUUCUGGUUCGUGUUUGAAGCGCCCUAAUAGCAGUAUCAGCAGCAGUAGUGGUAGCAGUCCACGUGCAACGAAGAGUCCAUCGGCUGUUGGCACCACUGCAGUGCCACCGCGACGUCCGCAGUGGUGGCGCAACCUGGUGCCGGCGUUUCCCAUCGGUUUCGCUGCAGGCUUCGGGGGCGCCUGUGCCGGUGCCGGUGGCGCGAUCUUCAUGAUUCCGGCUUUGGUGCGGUACGUCAAUCUUCCACAGCGAGUUGCACAGGGCACGGCACUGCUUGCAUCCUGCGGAACAGCAACGUCUAGUGCGUACAACUAUGCGGCAGCGGGCUGUGUCGACCUGCCUGCUGCGCUGCAGCUCAUGGUGUGCAGUAUAAUCAUGGCGCCGAUCGGUGUCGCCGUUGGUCAGCGAGUAAACGCGAGUCUUUUGCGGCGAGGACUCGGUAUUUUACUGAUCCUGCUUGCACCGUUGGUGCCGUUGCGAGAUCGUCUGCUUUCCGCAGUGGCACCCACAGACCCCAUUGCUGGCGCGAACUUCACUGGUACCUCGAAUACAUCCACGAACUGCGCUGCGUCUGAUGCGGCCCCUGCAGGGCACACAGCAGUGUCAGGCUCUCGAUCGCCCGCGAGUCAGCGUGCGUGGUCGCGUGCUGAUCAAGAGACACAGAGCCUGCUGGCAAUUAUCACGACAAACGUUGACCAGGCGCUGCUCUGGACUGGAACCUGUGUCGGGUUUCUCUCUGGCCUUCUCGGAGUGUCCGGUGGCACGCUAUACACCCCGUCACUAGCGCUUUUGUACGCAUCACGAGACAGGGACAGAGAACGGGUUGCUAGAAGCGACCGUAACGAUGCCGCCGUACCCUCCGCUCCUGCAGCUGCGCACCCAGAGAAGCACGGCGUGCGCACGAUCAUCGGAACGUCCAUGUUUGCGAUGGUGUUCCCGGCUGCUGCUGCUGGGAUUGGUUACGCCCGACGAGGUCAGGUGAGUUUCCUCCACCUGCCGGGUGUCAUCCUCGGCACGCUGACCGGUGCGGCAAUCGGCAGUCGAGCUGCCAUGCUCGUCGAUGAGUCGGUGCUCCGUUUCGGUUUCGCAAUUGUGUUCGCAACGCUCGGUGUUCGAUUGAUACGAUCACCCGUAACCAUUGAGCGUACGAUGACACCUUGA